AUGCUGUACGAAAACUAUGAAAGAGAAAAACCAGGACUUUCUUCGCCCUCUUUUCAAGCAGAAGAUAUACAAAUCAACCCACUGACAUCGUACAAAUACGAAAAUAAAGAAAAACACUUGGAAACAGACUAUGUCGACUCAAGCAGCGCAUUCAAUGAAAUAGACCAGGGCCAAGUACAAGGAGUCAAGCGUGGUUUAGCAUCAAGACACAUCUCCAUGAUUGCCUUGGGAGGAACCAUUGGAACAGGUCUCUUUAUCUCAACUGGUGGUAUGCUAGCAGAUGCAGGUCCAAUCUUAUCACUCAUAUCCUUCUUAUUCAUGACAACAAUUGCAUUUAGUGUGACCCAAUCUCUAGGAGAAAUGGCCACACUCAUCCCAGUAUCAGGCUCAUUCGCCCAAUUUGUCACCAGAUGGGUCUCUAGAUCAUGCGGUGCAGCUAACGGAUGGCUUUAUUGGUUCAGUUGGGCCAUUACAUUUGCCUUGGAACUAUCAGUUGUAGGACAAGUGGUGGAAUUUUGGACAUACGCAGUGCCAUUGGCAGCAUGGAUCAGUAUCUUUUUCGUCAUUAUUGGUGUAUUCAACUUGUUCCCCGUGAAAUACUAUGGUGAAGUUGAAUUUUGGGUCGCUUCCAUCAAGGUGCUCGCCGUAUUUGGAUGGAUCAUUUACGCAUUGGUUAUGGUUUGCGGCGGUGGUAAAACAGGCCCAGUAGGUUUCCGUUACUGGAGAAACGGAUACGGGUUCAAUGGUAUCUUGGUCAAGGACAAGGCCACCUCCAGAUUCUUGGCAUUUGUUGCCUCAUUCGUUAAUGCAGCAUUCACUUUCCAAGGUACUGAAUUGGUGGGUAUCUCUGCCGGUGAGUCAGCCAACCCAAGAAAAUCCGUUCCCGCAGCAAUUAGAAAAGUCUUGAUCCGUAUCUUGUUGUUUUACGUGCUUUGUAUGUUCUUUAUGGGUUUGCUUGUCCCAUACAAUGACCCCAAAUUACAAGAUGGUGCUUACACUAGCACAUCUCCAUUUAUCAUUGCCAUGGAAAACUCAGGAACCAAGGUGUUGCCACACAUUUUCAAUGCAGUUAUUUUAACAACAAUCAUAUCGGCAGCAAACUCCAACGUUUAUUGCGGAUCAAGAAUCAUUUACGGCUUGGCAGAAGCCAGAGUCGCACCAAGAUUCUUUUUGCGUGUAAACCGCGGCGGUGUGCCAUACCUCGCCGUAUUGUUCACUACUGCAUUUGGUGCAUUGGGAUACUUGGCCUGUUCAACAGACGGUGCCAAUGCAUUCAACUGGCUCUUGAAUAUCACGGCAACUGCAGGUUUGAUCUGUUGGGGAUUCAUCUCGGUGUCACACAUUAGAUUUAUGAAUGUUUUGAAGAAAAGAGGCAUUAGCAGAGACACACUACCAUACAAGGCCCUCUUUAUGCCAUAUAGCGCAUACUAUGCGACAUUUUUUAUCUUUUUGAUUGUCUUGAUUCAAGGUUUCCAAGUAUUCUUUGACUUUAAUGCCACUGGUUUCUUUACCGCAUACAUUUCGUUGAUUUUGUUUGUUGUUGUGUGGAUCUUUUUCCAAUUGUUUUUCCAUCGCUUUAGUACUAAAUGGAGUGAUUACUUGGUGCCCUUGGAUGACUGCGAUAUCGAUUCUGGUGUAAGAGAAAUUGAUGAGAUGGUGUGGGAUGACAACAAGCCUAAAAACUUGUGGCAGAAAUUCUGGGACAUUGUAGCAUAA